UAAUGAUUGUGUCUACAAUCCCAUGUUUCACAAUCUAGUCGAUAUGGACGUUGCCUUUGCGUGGGGAAGCUGCAACAUCAUAUGGAACUGGUUCGCAGAAGUGCUGCACAAUUGUCACAAGCUUCAGAAUCUUACCCUUUGCAAGAAUUUCAAGUGUGUAGAUGAAAUUGGCAAAGAGCAUUGGAAGGAUCCACAAAUUGAUUCAGAAUGUCUUUCAACACAGCUUAGAACAUUCACACUCAAAAAUUACAUAGGCUUAAGUUGUGAGGCUCAAUUUGCUAAAUACAUUAUGCAGAAGUCAAAAGUACUACAAAAUAUGACAAUUCAGAGUACUUUAAACAUUGAUCCAGAGCAUCCAAUGUUGGAAACUUUCUCUUUGUGUCCAAGGGGAUCUGCGACAUGUAAACUUCACUUUGACUUGCAGCCGGAUAUGUAAUCUUCACUUUGACUUACAUCCGACCCUACGUCUUUUUUAAUAAUAGUUGUGAAUUGUGAUCACAAAGGCAAUUGUGAUAAUUUAUUAUAAUUUUGUUCAUUUUUACGCAAACUGCGGUUGGUAUAGGACAAAUUGAUUUUGAUAGCUACUGGGGCUUUAUGUGGAUUAAACGGCAGUAUUUUCAUAUUUUUAUGUAUUCAGACUCAGACUCAGACGGCUUUUACUAUUUUGCAAAAAAAUGUCCAAU